AUGGUGUCUACUUCUCAUGCUCUGGGAGAUACUUCUCAGCUUCCUAAUGCUGAUGCUUUCAUCCGCAAGUCAAACAUUGAGACUCUCAUCACAGCACUCAAUGCAAACUCUGAUUCUGCAGAGGACGCCAUAGACCACCGUCUCCCCAUGAGGUUGUUUGCAACUGAUAGAUUCCCCUGUCGCCGUCUGAACAUCUACUCAAGGCCUAACAUCCUUACCUUUCUCCGCCACGUGCUACGCGGUUCUUCUGAGUUUACAAGGAUUAGAGAGUCUUCUUUUGGAAAACUGUUCGAUCUCCCCUUGCGACAGUGCCCCGUUUCAUGCAAGCUCAUACACUGCCUUCUCUCCCGACAGCUGCUCUCCGAUGAUGAACACACUUUGUGGACCGUGUUUGGUAGCGACCCACUGAAGUUUGGUCUUGAAGAAUUUGGAACCAUAACCGGUCUCAACUGUGGAGCUUUCCCAGAGGGGUACGAACCACCAGACCACAACAAGAAGGGUUCCUACAAGCAUAAGGAUGCACACAAAGAUUCGAUAUGGAAGAGACUAAUUGGCAAGUACAACAACAUCACCAUUGAAAUGGAUGAGUGGAGGCGUAUCCGGCUAGCCCUCCUAAUAAUCGUGGAUGGAGUGUUGAUUGCCUCACAGCAGAUCCACCGUCCAACACUUAGGUAUGUUUCGAUGUUAGACGACCUGGAUGCUUUCCUGAAUUUCCCAUGGGGCCGCGAAUCCUUCGUCCACACUGUACGAUGUAUGAAACCACCAAAGUUCGAGAAAGGGAAACCUGUUGCAGACCUCGUUCGUAUGCUUGUCGAUAAGCUCAAACAAGAAUCAUUUCGUCUCACAGGGUUCCCGCUAGCACUGCAGCUACUCGCUUUCAGAGCUAUACCAUCGUUGCGGUUGAAGAUCCCUGUUCCUCUGAACGAACUUAUCUUUAUGGAGCAUACAUAG